GAUAUCAGCGCGUUAUCAUGUGAGCCGAUGAAAUAAUGUUUUUUGAGUUUUACAGUCGCGAGUGAAAUUGUAAUUUGUGAAUAAGUGUAUUGUGACAUAACAAACCAUGGUGGAUAUAAAAUCACCGCCGUUUAGUGAUAUAAAAAGACCUGAAGAAGUCGUUCGAAUGACGACGAACGAUAGCCUGAAAUUUGCAGUUCUUAUCGGGCUGAUAGAAGUUGGCCAGGUAACUAACCGUGAAGUGGUGAACACCGUUUUACACCUGUUGGUCGGAGGCGAGUUUGAUAUGGAGUUGAACUUCGUGAUUCAAGAUGCUCAGAACAUUCAGCACAUGCUCGAACUAUUGGAUCACUGCCCACCGAGCUUACAGGCUGAAAUCUGGUCGGUUUUCAUUGCGAUCCUGCGCAAGAGUGUGCGAAAUCUCCAGGCUUGUACCGAUGUCGGGCUCAUUCACCACGUUCUGCAGAGGUUGCCCCGUGCGGAGACUGUUGUUGCAGAUUUACUAAUAGAAAUGCUGGGUGUCCUGGCCAGCUAUAGUGUCACAGUGAAGGAACUUAAACAGCUUUUCAAUGCUAUGAAAGCUGUUAAUGGAAAAUGGCCAAGACAUUCUGCGAAACUCCUCAAUGUACUUCGUCAGAUGCCACACAGAAAUGGGCCAGACGUGUUCUUCAGCUUUCCUGGUAGGAAGGGAUCGGCGGUAGUGCUGCCCCCACUGGCUCGGUGGCCAUACGAAAAUGGAUUCACAUUUACAACGUGGUUUCGCCUGGACCCCAUCAACUCUGUCAAUAUCGAACGAGAGAAGCCAUACUUGUAUUGCUUCAAGACAAGUAAAGGAGUGGGUUACACUGCACACUUUGUUGGCAAUUGUCUUGUUCUAACGUCUAUGAAGGUUCGAGGGAAAGGCUUCCAACAUUGCGUCAAAUACGAAUUCCAGCCAAGACGGUGGUAUGCAAUAGCGGUAGUGUAUAUUUACAAUAGAUGGACGAAGAGCGAGAUUAAGUGUUUGGUGAAUGGGCAGCUAGCUUCCAGCACAGAAAUGGCCUGGUUCGUCUCGACCAACGAUCCAUUCGACAAAUGCUACAUUGGCGCGACAGCUGAACUGGAUGAAGAACGCGUCUUCUGCGGUCAGAUGGCAGCUAUCUAUCUAUUUGGGGAGGCUUUAACUACUCACCAGAUCUGUGCCAUGCACCGCUUAGGCCCCGGAUAUAAGAGUCAAUUCCGAUUCGACAACGAAUGCAACAUCAGUUUACCGGAGAACCAUAAACGGGUGAGCGAUGCCGCUCCAGCGCUUGCUGCUAUCCCGGAAACCCCAGAUCCUAUAGAACCCGUAUCUCCUACCGCUGAAGAUACCGGGAGCGCAGAAGCUUGCGUAGUUGUUAAGGAGGACGCGACGCCGCGCGGGCGUCGAAUGGCUGGCGAGGCGCGAGAUGUCGCAGCGACGCAUGCUUCCCUGCUCGUAGAUAUUGAAGCAUGCAAGCGUGGUCAGUUCCGAUUCGACGCGGAAAAUCCGGUGGCGCUUCCUUCCUCUGAGGUCCGCGUUGACCGCUUUGGUGAGAUCGUACACGACCCAACGCAGAACAUUCAUGAUGUACUAUACGACGGCAAAUUGUCAUCGGCCAUAGUUUUUAUGUACAAUCCGGUGGCUACUGAUGGACAGCUGUGCCUACAGUCGGCGCCUAAAGGGAACGUUUCGUACUUUGUUCAUACGCCGCACGCCCUAAUGUUACAGGAAGUAAAAGCUGUUGUGACACAUUCAAUACACAGCGCACUAAACUCCAUAGGAGGCGUUCAAGUUCUCUUUCCAUUGUUCGCUCAGUUGGACCUGCCCCACGACGCGCCCGCAAAUGAUCCUAAAAGAGACCCCAUGUUGUGUUCCAAACUGCUUGGAUUCGUCUGCUCGUUGGUAGAGUCAUGCAGUACAGUACAACAGCAUAUGCUGCAAUGUCGUGGGUUCCUGGUAAUAUCACAUAUGCUGCAACGCUGUGGCCGGGACCAUCUCACACCAGACACGCUGGCGUCUUUCCUUCAUCUCACCAAACAUCUUGUUACCUGCUGCUCGCCGAACUCGGAUCUGUUGCUUAAACAGUCUUUUUGCCAAUCGUUCCUGACAUGGCAGCUGCUGGACCACAUACUCUUCAAUCCAGCACUAUGGAUCCACACACCAGCGGCAGUUCAAGCCCGUCUUUACUGCUACUUAGCGACGGAUUUCCUGGCUGAUGCUCACAUAUAUGGCAGCGUGCGUCGUGUCAGCACAGUUCUGCAAACUGUGCACACACUUAAGUACUAUUAUUGGGUGGUCAACCCACGCGCAAAGAGUGGCAUCACGCCUAAAGGCAUGGAUGCCCCUCGACCAGCUCAUAAAGACAUCCUAACGAUAAGAGCAUACAUACUACUAUUUCUCAAACAACUGAUUAUGAUCGGGAACGGUGUGAAGGAAGACGAACUUCAAUCGAUAUUAAAUUAUCUGACCACGAUGCAUGAAGAUGAGAACCUUCAUGAUGUGCUGCAAAUGCUGAUAUCUUUGAUGUCAGAACACCCCAGUUCUAUGGUACCAGCGUUCGAUGCCAAGGGAGGCGUGCGCACGAUAUUUAAACUGCUGGCCUCGGAGAGUCAAUUAAUAAGACUCCAAGCGCUGAAAUUACUAGGAUUUUUCCUCAGCAGAAGUACCCAUAAACGCAAAUACGACGUGAUGUCCCCACAUAAUCUAUACACGCUACUCGCAACAAGAUUAGCAGCGAGUGGAGAGCCAUUAUCUGCCCCAGUUUACAAUGCGUUGUACGAACUACUAACUGAGCAUGUCGGUCAACAAAUAUUGUAUACAACUCAUCCAGAACCGCAACCGCAUUUUCGCCUGGAAAAUCCUAUGAUCCUCAAAGUUGUAGCAACGCUGAUCCGUCAAUCGAAGCAAACAGAACAGCUUCUAGAAGUGAAGAAAUUAUUCUUAUCAGAUAUGACGCUUCUAUGUAGCAAUAAUAGAGAAAAUCGUCGUACUGUCUUACAAAUGUCGGUAUGGCAGGAAUGGCUGAUCGCACUAGCUUACAUUCACCCGAAGAAUACGGAAGAACAGAAGAUAUCUGAUAUGGUCUACUCGUUGUUUAGAAUGCUUCUUCAUCACGCAAUCAAGCAUGAGUAUGGUGGAUGGAGAGUGUGGGUGGAUACGUUGGCUAUUGUUCAUUCUAAGGUGUCUUACGAAGAGUUCAAGCUCCAAUUCGCUCAAAUGUAUGAACAUUAUGAGCAACGCAGAGCUGACAACAUAACUGACCCGGCCGAACGUCAGCAGCGGCCCAUCUCAACGAUCUCAGGAUGGGAUCGGCACACAGAACCCCGUCCUUCUCGAGUAUCUCCAGAGAGGGAUGUUAAACAAAAUGUAUUAAACCAUGGAGCCCAAACAGAAAUCGGCAAAGGAUUGUCCCUUAGAGAAAUAGAAACGUGCAAUUGUAAAUCAAAUGAUGAUAGUCGGACUACAGUAGUGUAUAGUGAAGUGUGUAAAGUUCAUAGUCCUGCUAAAAACACCCAAGUGCCCGAUAACGGUUGUGAUAGUGAUAAAAAUGAAUUAGAUGAACAGUCGGACUCAAUAGUUCAAUCGAUUGUAGAGAAUAAACUUCUCGAAAGUUCCGAAUCUGGUAUUGUAGCGGAAGAUGAGAAAACCGAUAAACCCAUAUCGCGACAGGGAAGCCUGGAUUAUAUACCUGUUAGAGACGUUGGUGAGCAUUUGGCUAAUGACAACACUGAUAAAAGUGAGGGAUUACCUUCUAGUUUAUCAGCCAGCGAAACAGCCAGCCCUGAGAGAGUUUCUGAAGGGCUUAACCCCGUAAAUGAAAGAGAAUCAGAACUUUCAGAUCGAUCCGAAUUAUAUUUAACUCCGAGUGAAGCCACCAGCCCAAAGAAAGUACAAGAUAAGACUGAUUUAGCUGACGACGUCACUGACGACCCUAAGAAUGUUGCCAUAAAUAUUGUUAAUGAUGUUCUGACGAUUGCAUUGGAAACUGUAAGACUAAAAACUGAUGACGACACCGAUUCCGGCGCCAUAUCAGGUGGACUCAACUCAGAAGGGAAUACGCCAAAUGGUCGAGAAGACUUAGAACAUGAUAUAGAAGACAUUGUUGACCACAAACAAGUUGAAACUAUCGCUAGUGAAUUAGUUUCGGAUAUAAUCGAUGCAGUUGUUAUGAAAAGUGAAAUGCCUGAAGGUCCCAGAGAAGAUUACAUCAAAAGCGAAUUAGCAAUAGAUAACGAAUUUAUAGUUCCUAACGAAACAGAACACGAAAAAGAAAUUGAAAGAGAAAUUGAAAAUGAAAUUGAUAUAGACGAAGAAAAUGAAAAGAACGAACAAUCAAGUGAACGACCACGUUCGAUUCUAGAACCGAAACCCGAAAUUCCAUCAAUAUCAACAAUUAGUGAGAAUAUAUCGUUAGCGAAUAAGGAACAAGAUAUUCAAGAAGAUAAAUGUGAUAAUGAUAGGGAGAAACGCCGGGUAAGUUUGCCGGGAAGUGAAAUAACGCCCGAUUUGAGAGGUGAAAGCAUUGCCUCGCAAGGAACUAAUACUACGACAUCACCCAAACGACCCAGAAGCGCCUCGACCAGUACUCAAGUGGACUCAAAUCAUUUUGAAUGUUCCCGAUCUGCACGUGCGUCUCGCGCUAUGUUCUCUCCUGGUCCAACGCGGCCUCCAUUCCGCAUCCCGGAGUUCCGAUGGUCUUAUAUACACCAGCGCCUGCUUUCUGAUGUCCUGUUCUCUCUUGAGACUGAUAUACAAGUCUGGCGCAGUCAUUCAACCAAGUCAGUGAUCGAAUUUGUGAAUAGCAGUGAAAAUGCAGUUUUUGUUGUCAAUACUGUGCACCUUAUCAGCCAGCUGGCGGAUAAUCUUAUCAUUGCAUGUGGAGGCUUAUUACCACUGUUGGCAUCUGCUACAUCACCUAAUAAUGAAUUGGAUGUGAUCGAACCAACACAGGGUAUGCCCGUCGAAGUAGCAGUUACCUUUCUUCAAAGGCUCGUGUCGAUGGCUGACGUACUGAUAUUCGCGAGUGCUCUUAAUUUCGGUGAAUUGGAAGCUGAGAAGAACAUGUCCAGCGGCGGAAUACUUCGGCAAUGUUUGCGCUUGGUCUGCACGUGCGCGGUACGCAACUGCCUCGAGUGUAAGGAGCGACAGCGCUGCGCGGCUCGACCCGCACGAAGUUCCGAAUCACCCUCGCCUAAGAGCGUAGUCGCGAGUUUAGCAGAAGCGUCUAGUCCCGUCAAGGACCCAGAAAGGCUGUUACAAGACAUGGAUGUUAAUCGUCUCCGAGCCGUUAUAUACCGAGAUGUUGAGGAAACGAAACAAGCUCAAUUCCUAUCACUAGCCAUCGUUUAUUUUAUAUCAGUCCUUAUGGUGUCGAAGUACCGCGACAUUCUAGAACCUCCACCACACUCCACUGCGUCAACAGACUGCGCACGUCGCAUUCACCACGCCCACGAACACGCCGGCGGGUCCCGGCCCCUUUUCGCGCAGUGGUCGCAUCACGUCUACCCGCAGUUCCUGGGUGGUGCGCAGGCGGCGCGUCACGCGCACUGCAAAUUGGAUUGCGCGCACAUUAGCACUAACACGCACGCGCACGCUCGCAUCGCUAGUUACCACCGCGCACAUGCGCACGGGCACGCAGAUGAAACAGCAGAAGACGUUGAGUAUGCUAUGAUUGUUGUUGACGAAAACAAUUCCACCGCUCACGACCUGGACUCACCGUCCAUGAAGGAUGGCGAAAACAUCGCGAAAAUUGAAACCACCACUGAUGAAGUGAAACCAUCUGAAAAUACCCUAGAAGUUACUCCAAGCGCCGAAAGAGAGGAACCGCUGUUCCAGUCGAGUUUGAGAAGACCUGCGCGCGCGCCCAAGAGUGUGGAUUCCAUUGAGGACGCGGGGUCGUUCCAUCUCAACUCCACAGAGACCACAAAUAAUGAUCCAGAGACAUCUAGCGAGAUUGCUUUGGACGACAAUAAACAUCCCGUGAGUAACGACGAGUCGUGGACUGACGUGAAUUUGAAUGAUGACGCUGAACGUGGUCCAGCCACUAUUUCUGGAAGACCGCGAGAUCAUGAAGAAAUAGAGAAACAAAUUCAUCUGCGCAGUGAGCAACACGUUCAACGUUUGCAAAAUCGUAACUUACAAGCAGCUCAAAGGCAUUUACAUCAGCAGGAAGCAGCAACCACUUGUAGCGAUAAUGCAGGCUGUGAAGUCACGGGUGUUGGAGCUCGUGAAGCCUCUCUCACACAUAAAUUAGAACGUGCUUUGGGUGCUGUAUGUCCACUACUGCGUGAAAUUAUGUUGGAUUUUGCACCGUUUCUGUCAAAAACACUCGUUGGCAGCCACGGACAAGAGCUUUUAACUGAAGGUCUUCAAACGUUUAAAACCAGCACGUCUGUGGUGGAACUGGUGAUGUUGCUCUGCUCUCAAGAGUGGCAGAACUCGUUACAGAAGCACGCUGGCCUGGCGUUUAUUGAGCUGAUCAACGAAGGAAGAUUGUUAUCUCAUGCUAUGCGAGAUCAUAUUGUUCGAGUCGCUAAUGAGGCGGAGUUCAUACUGAACAGAAUGAGAGCCGAUGAUGUUCUUAAACAUGCUGAUUUUGAGUGCCUCUGCGGUACAUGGGGCGGCGAACGCGCGGAAGAAGAGCGGACGUGCGAGCGUUUAAUUGCUGGAGCGAGACGCCGAGACACGGCUUCCGCUGCUCGUAUGCUCGAUAAGCUUCACCACGCUUGCGCCGCUAGCUGUGGUGGUAGCGGAGCGCCGUCUUGCGAACAUUGGAAGCUGGAUUCAUGGGAAGACGACGCGAGGAGACGUCGCCGAUUAGUUCCAGACGCUCGCGGAAGACGACAUGAUGAACGCGCGCAUUCUACACACCAUGCCCAGCCACACCCACCAACAGAUGCUAUAUUACAGGCGACAGAGGAACUCCACGCGCGUAUAGCGGGCGUGUCGGGUGGGGCACAGUUACCGGCUGCGCCUGCGCAGGAGUUGCUCGAUGACGCUGAGUUACUCAUUGAUGAGAGGGAUGCAGAACAGGAUCUUAGUGGUCCCGUAAAUAUGAGCACGCGCGCCCGUCUGGUAUCGGGAGGAAUGGCCGCUCUCGGCACAUUGUCGCUGACAGCCACUGAACUAUACUUUGAAGUGGACGAAGAGGAUCCAGAAUAUAAGAAAAUUGACCCUGAGGUGUUGAAAUACUGUGAGCACCUGCACGGAAAAUGGUACUUCAGCGAAAUACGCGCGAUCUUCUCCAGACGUUACUUGCUGCAGAACACGGCCAUCGAGAUGUUCCUGGCGAGCAGAACUUCAAUAUUCUUCGCAUUUCCGGAUCAGACAACGGUGAAGAAGGUGAUAAAAGCUCUGCCUCGAGUCGGAGUUGGUAUCAAGUACGGCAUUCCUCAGACAAGACGCGCUUCCAUGAUGUCGCCACGGCAGCUCAUGCGAAACUCAAACAUGACGCAGAAGUGGCAACGGCGCGAAAUUUCAAAUUUCGAAUACCUCAUGUUCCUCAACACUAUUGCAGGACGAACUUACAAUGACCUGAACCAGUAUCCGGUGUUCCCAUGGGUGCUGACCAACUACGAGAGCGAGGAGCUGGAUCUCAGUCAACCCUCAAACUACCGGGACCUGUCUAAGCCAAUCGGCGCUCUCAAUCCGAGUCGUCGAGCCUACUUCGAAGAACGCUACAACACCUGGGAACAUGAAUCCACUCCGCCCUUCCACUACGGGACCCAUUACUCGACAGCUGCUUUUGUGCUCAACUGGCUAGUUAGAAUUGAACCCAUGACUACAAUGUUCCUAGCAUUGCAUGGCGGCAAGUUCGAUCAUCCAAACCGGCUCUUCUCAUCUAUCGCCCUAUCCUGGAAGAACUGUCAACGCGACACGUCUGAUGUCAAGGAGCUGAUACCAGAGCUGUUCUUCCUGCCUGAGAUGUUGGUGAAUAGCUCUGGAUGUGACCUCCAACUGCCUGAUAGCCCCUCGGGUGAUGUCCAGCUGCCACCCUGGGCGUCUUCACCGGAGGAGUUCGUUAGAGUCAAUCGUAUGGCGCUGGAGUCGGAAUUUGUCUCCUGCCAAUUGCAUCAAUGGAUUGACCUUAUCUUCGGAUAUAAGCAACGAGGUCCGGAAGCCGUGCGCGCAACCAACGUGUUCUACUACCUAACAUACGAAGGUGGAGUUAGACUUGACCAAAUCCCAGAGGGAGUCACACGCGCAGCAGUUGAGGAACAAAUAAGAAGCUUCGGACAGACUCCUGCGCAGCUUUUAAGCGAGCCGCACCCGCCGCGCGCGUCACCACUUCACCUGGCACCGCUGAUGUUCUCAGCUCCCCCUGACGAUGUGUGCUUGCGACUGAAACUCCCGUCCAACGCCGCAGUCGUCCAUGUCUCGGCUAACACGUAUCCCCAGCUUGCGGCUCCAGCAGCGCUGACUGUCAGCGCAGCUCGCGCGUUUGCCGCGCACCGUUGGUUGGCUGGCGGGUGUGCGCAUGUCGCUGCCAGGCAUCAGGAUUUGGCGCCUCCGCAUCAUCCGCUAGUAAUGGACCCAGUGUGGGCUGCUGGAGGAGCAGCCGCUCUAGCGCGACGUCACCUCGGCGACAACUUCUCGCAGCGCGUCCGCGCUCGCACCAACUGCUUCGUUACAACCGUGGACUCGCGCUUCCUAAUCGCGGCCGGAUUCUGGGACAACAGUUUCCGCGUCUUCUCAACUGACACCGGGAAGAUCGUGCAAAUAAUCUUCGGCCAUUAUGGCGUGGUGACGUGCGUCGCGCGAUCUGAAUGCAACAUAACAUCGGACUGCUACAUCGCAUCUGGAUCUGAAGACUGCACUGUCUUGUUGUGGCACUGGUCGGCCCGCGCUGGAGGAAUAGUCGGCGAAGGGGACACGCCAGCACCCCGUGUCACGCUAACAGGUCACGAGGCGGCUGUGGUAGCUGUGCUAGUGUCAGCGGAGCUCGGCUUGGUCGUGUCAGCUUCCGCGGACGGACCUGUCCUGGUGCAUACGACGUUUGGUGAAGCGCUACGCUCGCUCGAGGCGGGUUCAGGCGCGGCGUCGCCGCAGCAAUUGGCGUUGAGCCGCGAGGGGGUUGUUGUGGUGGCGUAUAGGAAGGGACAUUUGGCGGCAUUCUCGCUCAACGGGCGUCUUCUGAGGCGGGAAACGCAUGCUGAUCGAUUUAGAUGCUUGGCGCUGUCGCGAUGUGGCGAAUACCUUGUUUGUGGCGGUGAUGCGGGCGUGGUGGAAGUGUGGCGAGCGUUUACGCUGGCACCGUUAUACGCCUUCCCGCCAGCUGGGGCACCUGUUUGCUCCCUGGCGCUUUCACAUGACCAACGGUACCUAUUGGCCGGCCUCGAGAAUGGUUCGCUGGUCGUUUUCCACAUCGAUUUCAACCGCUGGCAUCAUGAGUACCAGCAACGGUAUUAAGUUGUACCAGCAAACGUACUCAAUUACACCAGAAAAAGUACUUAAUUAUACCAGCAAAACUAUUUAAUUAUUCCAGAAAAAUAAUUAAUUAUUCCAGAAAAAUAAUUAAUUAUUCCAGAAAAAUAAUUAAUUAUUCCAGAAUAAAUACUUAAUUAUUCCAGAAUAAAUACUUAAAUAUUCCAGAAUAAAUACUUAAAUAUUCCAGAAUAAAUACUUAUUUAUACCAGCAUCGGUGUAAUUGUAAACCGUUUAACUAUAUAACUGUCAAAUGUAAAGUAGGUAUAAUCAUUGUUAAGCGCAUUUAAAAUAUAUUUUGCAUUCAAUAUUGUCUUAAUUUUCAAAGAUUAUAAAUGUAUUUAGUAGAAAAGUUAGAUUUUUGAUUGAUCUUCUUUUUAUUCUUUUCACUACUUGCUUUUUAAAAUUUCAACGGACUUUGUUUUUUUUCAUCUAUGGAACAUUAAGUUAUCUGACAGUAGCAACUGA